UUUUCUUAUCUAACGUUUGCAAAACGCAUGGUAAAAUUGCUACUUCUUCUCUUGUUUUCAAACUCUGUAAACUUCGUCUUUUCUCAAUGUACUUUUGGAAAUGCUAGUUUGUUAACGGGGAAAUUACUGUGUGCCAAGUUAUUUCCUCUGUUGAACUUAUGUAAUGCCAGCGAAGUCUAUGAAAUGCCGGUGUGGGGCGAUUAUUACCCACUCGUGGAAAUGGAGAAAUUAAAAGAUUUGGCAUGUUACAAAUAUGAGGCAGGAUUUGCGAAGGACACACCAAUCAUGUGCGUUUGUAACGAAAAGAAUUGUGCUAACGGAAACGAUCUGAAGAUCGCUGUUCAAAAUAUCCAACCGAUAUCUCUUGAUGGGACAGCAAUAGCAAAGGAAACGCUGAGAGAUUACAGUAAAUGUCUACUGGAAAGAAUCAACAGGAAAGGUAGUCGUAGGAAAGGUCCCCAACAACAUUAUGGUUUUGAUAUGGAUGCUUCUCAUCCGCUUUUGUCCUGGUACGAGAGAAUCAUCGAAGACGAGAAGGUGGUGGAAGACGACACUAGCUGGGAUUCAAGCUCCGGCAUCGUAUAUACGGUCAUUUUCAUUUAUAUCAUUAUUUUUUCUUUUUCAUAUGUAUGCGUAACGAUGUGCCGCGCUCGAAAGUCGCGAAUGGAGACAAGCAAAUCUUCAUGAUGUUUGCAUACCAUAUAUUCUAUGCGUACUGACAACAGACGCACUUUCAUUGUUCAUAACUCUACACUAUAUGGUUCAUAAUACAAAUUCGUUUUUUCCAACAGUGCUCUUUCAGCAACGUACAGGUAUAGAGCUUGUUUCUAUCUCAAGAUCUAUGAAAAACGAGAAAUUUGUGCGUUUUCAUGAACUUUACAUAUUUGAAUAUCUCCC